AUGAAACCUGGUCAGUUGCCUUUCUAAAUACACAAAGCAUUGAUAUUCAUUAAAGGGUCUUAUUUUUUCCAGAAUUCUCUCCGUGUGAAUACUGGAAACGUAGGAAAUCCAGAAAUUGGGCCAUCAUCCCUUCGAAAAGUGAGUUUUUCCCUUCUUAAACUGAUUCCGAAGGCUGAAAUUUUCAGAUUUCUUCCGCCCCACAUUCCUUCUGCUCUUCAUGCUCGGAGUCUAUUCGGCUGCUGCUCCAGCACAGAAAACUCGUGAGUUUUUCUUUUAAAAUCCAUAGAAAACUGGGAAAAGAGGCGUAUUAUAGGGGCACCGCACAGAAAUGACGCUCUGUUGACACAGGUGAUUCGCAAUCGGUCUAUUACAAGUUCGCGGAUGUGUCUAGAGAGAACUCGGAGCAGGUCCUUCAAUAGGCACAUUAUAGGCCGAUCGCGAAAGUUUCACGCAUUAUAG